AGCAUCAGCUCCUUCCAGAAGUUUCUUUGCACGGUUUUCAGCUCGGCGACAGCAACCGGCCACUGGAGCAUGAACUCGUCGUUAUUUGUUGUGCAGUUUAACAUUAAUAGCGUUUUCUUUCCUCAUCUCGGAGGACAGUAGGAAGUUGUCUACGAACUGUGACAAGUGAGGGAAGCUAACCUUGACAGUCAGCUAGCUAGGUGGAUAGCAUAGCCCCCUCACUGGACAUGCUGGAGGUGUUGUUGGCACUGAACACGAGCUGAACACGUCUGUGCUGACUAUGUCAUUGUAGAGUGGAAGAAGAAGAAGUGACCGCUUUUUUGACAUGGGUAAAGAUUACUACAAAGUGCUAGGAAUAGCCAAAGGUGCCUCUGAAGAUGAGAUCAAAAAGGCGUACAGAAAACAGGCCUUGCGCUUUCACCCCGACAAAAACAAGUCUCCCGGAGCAGAAGAUAAAUUCAAAGAGAUCGCUGAAGCCUACGAUGUCCUCAGUGAUGCCAAGAAAAAGGACAUUUAUGAUCGCUUUGGAGAAGAAGGAUUAAAGGGUUCAACCGGCGGUGGAGGUGGAGGACACACUGGUCAAAGCUACAACUACACCUUCCAUGGAGACCCUCAUGCAAUGUUUGCGGAGUUCUUUGGUGGCCGCAACCCUUUUGAUCAGUUCUUUGCACAAAAUGGGGAGGACGACAUGGACAUCAACGAUCCCUUUUCGCCAUUUGGCAUGGGCAGAAUGGGUGGCAUGGGUCAGUUUCAGAGGUCCUUUAAAUCCCACCCAGGAGUUCCUCACAGAGCACGCGAGAGAAAGAAGGAUCCGCCUGUGAUGCACGAGCUGAAGGUGAGCCUGGAGGAGGUCUUCUCAGGGUGCACUAAAAAGAUGAAGAUUUCACGCAAAAGACUGAACCCGGACGGCUGCACCAUGCGUAACGAAGACAAGAUUUUAACAGUCGACAUCAAGCGUGGCUGGAAGGAGGGGACGAAAAUCACCUUUCCUAAGGAGGGAGAUGAAACUCCCAGCAACAUUCCUGCAGAUGUGGUGUUUGUAGUUAAAGAUAAACCCCACCCAGUGUUCAGAAGAGAGGGAUCGGAUAUAAUCUAUCCUGCAAAAAUAUCCCUGAGAGAAGCGUUGUGUGGAUGCACAGUCAACGCCCCGACACUAGAUGGCCGCACCAUCACUGUGACCUCCAGAGACGUUGUCAAACCUGGAAUGAAAAAGCGAAUUUCUGGAGAAGGGCUCCCUAUAUCUAAGUACCCCGAGAAGAGGGGCGACAUGAUUCUGGACUUCACAGUAAAAUUUCCAGACAAACUGGGCCAAAACACACGAGAUGCACUCCAGCAAAUACUUCCACCAUGACUUGAAAUGAUAAAAGUUUGCCUCACAAAUCUAAAAAGUUGAAGGAACAGUGUGUAGCAUUUAGGGGGAAUCUACUUGCAGAAAUGGCAGAAAAUAUUAAUAAGUAUGUUUUCUUUAGUGCUUAAUCCCCUAAAACUAAUAAUUGUGUUUUUGUUACCUUUCAAUGAGCCGUAUAUCCACAUAUGGAGCCGGUCGUCAUGGUUCUACAGUAGCCCAGAACGGUCAAACCAAACACUGGCACUAGAUAGGGCCACACAUGUUUUUGUGAGAAGAUUCAGUUGGUUGCAAUCUGCAACCUUACCACCAGAUGCCACCAAAUCCUACAUAUUAUACCUUUAACACUUCUAGCAACACACUCUUCUGUGCAAAUCUUCUGGACGAUUGAGGCUCAGGGCAGAUUUGGUUCCAGCUGAGUUUAAUUUUACCCACUGAACACCAAAUCAAUUUUCUUACCCAACAUUUAGUCAGUGUGGAUGACUGGCUCAAGACUUGAAAACUGAGUUAGUAACAGUGUUAAGGAACAGCCUGCUCCAAAAACAGAUUCCAGGAGGUAAAGUAAAUAGUGUAAUAUAUGUAGUAUGUAUAUAGAUAAUGAUACAAGGUGUCAUGUGAUAGGAUAUGGUUUAGCUGCAAGAAAGAGACCCAAAGUUUUUUUUUUUAAGUACACUUAGAAAUGUAAUAUAUUACCUGGGGAUUUGUUUUUGCAGCAGCAGUUUUUUGGAAUGUGCUUUAAGGGAGCACGCAGCCAGCUAAUUAACAAUACCUCAGGUGCAGUGACACACCCGUGAAUGUAGUCUAACUACGUUACUCAGCAGGACAUAAUUAUUGUUUCUUCUUCAGUGUGUAUCCUGAGAGGUGAAAACAUUGUAUCUGACUUUAUGAAGCAGAUCGUUAAAUAUACUUCCCUUGUCAUUCAGUGUUUCAGUUAACUACACUCAUUGUCACAGCUAUCUGCCACUUUUUAGGGCCGCAAUCUCAUAAACUGACUAGAAGAAAAUCAUUACAAUAUGCACAAGCUUAAAACAGAAUGACAGACAAAGUCUCCAGUUAAAGUUCAGAGGAGAUAUUAAGCUAUAAUUAUUUAACAUGUGAGAAUGAUUCCUGUGAGUUCCAGAUUCUAAAUUAAGGAAGAGAGCACUGAUAAGUACUUUGUAUCGUCAGAUUUCUGAUUUAUAUGUAUAAAUUUUGCUUUAAGGAGAGGAUACAUUCAGCUUGGAUUAUCCCUGGUGUUUAGGAUGGCACACCUUGCAAAAUGUUUACUUUUACAAUACCUUUUUAACUGGGAGUACACAGCUUAUUACUAAAAUAUUUGUAGGGAGACAUUUUGUGCCAAAUAAUUGUCCCUAUGUAUGUAAUAAUAGUAUAUGUGUCUGUCUACAAGUGUGUUGAGAGCAUGGGUGUAUCCUGUUAUGUGUGUCUUACAAACUACCAAAAGCUAUUUUCUGCAAUCGUACCCUUUUGAGGGUGCUUAAUAUACAAUUAGUGUGAUAUUCCAGCUCCUUAUUACUACGUCUAUUUGACUGCUUAAAGCCAGUACGUUUUUGUUUUUCGUUUUUUUUGCCCAACGUGGCCAAUGGCAAUAUUGAGGAGUAAAAAAAGUUGAAAUUCCUUACGUAAGGCCUACAGAAUAUAUAUUUUUUGUUUUUUGUCUUCUAUAUCUUAUAGCUCUUACCUGACACAAUUCGCUCCGAGAUGUACAGCAUCUGAAAAUGUGCAGUUCCACAGUGCAAAAGGAAUCCUAAAAAAUAUAUUGAAUUCUGUCAUAUCUAGACUUGUGCACCUUUGAAUAUAGUUAUAAUAGAAGUUUGUAGGUCAGUUAGUUCAUUUUCACAUUUUAAGUUAUUUAGGUGUUUGAAUGCUCCUACUGGAGUUUUAAUUUUCCAACAUGUGGUUUAACAUGAAAUGUAGAGAUGUGUAAUCUCUGUAAUUUGUAACAUUUUUUUGUUUUUUCUUGCAAACAUUUUCCUUUUUAAGGAAGAAAGGGUGUAAGCAUUAUUUUGUUUCACCUCCUGUUUAUAUUGUUUUGAAAUGCCUCAGGUUGGGAUUCAAGAUAUUUUGAUUUUUGACAACAAAGCUUUUACGAAUUGAUAAUGGACAUUUUUAAUAGAUUCUUCUUAUGCUGUGAUGAUUUGCAUUUCCGCAUUAAAGAGACUGGCAAAUAUA